AUGGGCGGCUUGUGCGGCAUCUUCAACGCCACAGCCCGGCGGCUACAGGCGGUCUGCGGUGGUGGCAGCGGCCCCGGCGGCAGCGGUGACAACAGCCUGCAGGAAACCCUGGCCCCGCUCGUCAAUGUGACAACGCGGCUGCAGCAGGAGCAGCGCCCCGAGGCCACGGCGGCCGCCCAGCUGCUGCUGGAGGCCACCGAGGUCCUGGUCCUGGAGGCCGCCACGCACCGGGCCGAGCUGACGCUCCAGACCUUUUCCACGGAUGCAAUGAGCGCCGGCGCCGUGGCCUUCAUCGCCUACCGGGAGCUGGAGGCGGCCUUGGACGUGGGUCCGGCGCCGGCGCCGACGCGGUUUUCCGGGCCGGGAGAGGGCGGCUCACACGGCGGCUCCUUGCAGGAGAGCUUCGCCCUGGAGCUGGUCACCUGCGUGGGGCUGUCGCUGUCGGUGCUCGGCCUCGUCCUCGCCAUCGGCACCUUCCUCCUGUGCCGCUCGCUCUGGAACGUCAGCGUGGCCCUGCACCUGCAGCUCAGCAUCUGCCUCCUCAUGGCCGACGUCCUCUUCCUCGCGGCCAUGCGGCCCGUCAGGAAUCCGCUGGCGUGCGCCAUCGUGGCCGGCCUUCUCCACUACCUCUUCCUCGCCUGCUUCACCUGGAUGUUCCUGGAGGGCCUGCACCUCUUCCUCACCGUGCGGAACCUGCGCGUGGUCAACUACACCAGCGCCAGCCGCUUCAGGAAGCGCUACAUCUACCCCGCGGGCUAUGGCCUGCCGGCCCUGGUGGUGGCCAUCUCCAUCGCCAUCAACCCCGGCGGCUAUGGGACCAGCAAGCACUGCUGGCUGACCACAAAGGGAGGAUUCGUGUGGAGCUUCGUCGGCCCGGUCUGCGCCAUCAUCCUGGUGAACCUGGUGUUUUAUCUCACCACCCUCUGGAUCCUGCAGGAGAAGCUGUCCACCCUCAACAAGGAUGUCUCCUCCCUCAAAAGCACCAGGACGCUGACGUUCAAGGCGCUUGCCCAAGUCUUCAUCCUGGGCUGCACGUGGGGCCUGGGUUUGCUGCAGACGCGCUCAGGCACUCCGGUCAUGGCCUUCCUCUUCACCGGCCUCAACAGCCUCCAAGGUGUCUUCAUCUACGUUGUGCAUUGCCUCCUCAACCGGCAGGUGACAGAGCAGUACCUGAAGUGGCUACGGGCCCUCAGGCCCAAAGCGGAGAGCACGGAGGUGACGAUGACGUCGAUGAACAUCACCUCCGUCACGGAACAACUCAUUUCCCUGCAUUUCUCAGAGGAGUCAGCCCAUUUCCAGCAGCAGUUCCAGGAUUUCCUUGAGGAAUGA